UCACAAUGGUGUUCGUAUGUUUUCUCUUUCUUCAUUGAAAAAACUGAAACUGCGGGGGUGAUUUGGAGGGGCGCAAGUUAGCAAAGAUGGGGAUGAUUUCUCAUUCAUCUACUUUCCUCCUCCCAAAUCUUCCUACCGACAACGGACCUGAUCUAACGUACGCCCUUGUUAUCCUUAACCAACGCCUCCCUCGAUUCACUCCUUUGCUCUGGGAGCACGCACAGGUUCAUGUUUGCGCUGACGGUGGAGCGAAUAGGGUGUUUGAUGAAUUGCCUCGCUUUUUUCCUCAUGACGACCCUUCUGAUAUUCGUAAGAGGUACAAGCCACAUGCUAUAAAAGGAGAUAUGGAUUCAAUCAGAACCGAUGUUCUUGACUUUUAUAGAGGCCUGGGGACCAAGAUAAUUGAUGAAUCUCAUGAUCAAGAUACUACAGAUCUUCAUAAAUGUGUUGCAUAUAUUCGUGAAUUACUAAACCCGGAACAUCCAAAUUUGUGUAUUCUAGCCACCGGAGCACUUGGUGGAAGGUUUGACCAUGAGAUGGGAAAUAUUAAUGUCAUAUGCCGUUUCCCGUCCAUGCCGAUUAUUCUUCUCUCUGAUGAUUGCCUCAUCCAACUUCUUCCAAGUACACAUCAUCACAAGAUUCAUAUCCAGUCCUCUGUUGAGGGCCCACAUUGCGGACUCAUACCCAUUGGAACGGCUGCUGGAAGAACCACAACCACAGGUCUCAAAUGGAAUUUGGACAAGACAGAAAUGAGAUUUGGUGGUUUAGUCAGUACAUCUAAUAUCGUGAAAGAGAACAUAGUAACAGUGCAAUCUGAAUCUGACCUCCUAUGGACGAUUUCUAUCAAAAAAGAAUGAAGGAUGCAGCUUGCAGAUGAUACAAAUGGAAGAGCUAAAUUUUGCUGGACGAAUAGUUGGUGUUGACCUCCAUUUUCUGUUCAAUUCUUUCCAGAUAAAAAAGUUUCACAGAGUUUGAGAAUUGUUGGGGUUCUUUUUUUGUUUUUUUGGGGGCACACAACAGAUUUCUUUGGCGUCAAGUGCCUGCUUGCAGUAGUCUUGGGGGAAAAAACAACACGGGUCUUAUGGAGUGGUGAAUCCAGAAUUUAAACUUUAUAGGUCCAACCUUUAAGGUUUUUAUCAUUGAAUUCAUUGUAUUUUAAAGUUAUGAGUUCAGAGCUACUGUUUAUUGCAAUUUUAUUAGGUUUUUACAUAUAAAUUUAUGUUUCGUGUCGAAAGUACUGGGUUUAGUUGAACCCGGUACUAAUAUGUUGCAUCGA